AUGUCUGAGCAGGAGCGCGUGCAGGAGUCGGUGCGCAAGGAGAUCCGGGCCCUGCUCAUCUCGGCCAAGGACGGCCUGAGCCUGCCCCAGCUGGAGAAGGAGUACCUGCUGAUGAUGGGCGGCCACCUGCCACUGCGCGCCCUGGGCUACCGCUCCACCAUGGAGCUGCUGCUGGACAUGCCCGACGUGGUCAGCAUCUGCCCCUGCCGCGACGGCAACGUCAUCCUCAAAGCCAUCCCCGAUGAGGCCACCAAAGGGAUGGCGAGCUUGGUGUCCCGACAGCGGAGCAGCCACAAAGUCCGCAGCUCUGUGCAGAGGGCCCGGGCCAGCAUGUGCCCGGGGCCCGGCCUGCCGCGACGCCUGCCGUAUCGGGGCCGCGUGCCCCCCAUCCUCCCCGCCGUGGUGAAGAGCGAGCUCAAGGACCUCCUGGCGCUCUCGCCCGUCUUGCUGUCGGAUUUUGAGGUGGCGUUUGCCAAGCGCUUCGGCCGCUCCUUCCAGUACGUGCAGUAUGGCUUCCUGUCCAUGUUCGAAGUGCUCAGCGCCGCCUCCGACGUCAUCUCCGUGGAGCAGACGCGGGCCGGGUCGCUGCUGAUGCUGAAGAAGGGUGUGUUGGAGGAGAGACACCGCCGGUGGCCGGCAGGCAAAAUCUUCGCCCAGCCCUUCCGGAUGAAGCCGGGGCCGUACCUGAGCGGCGGGCCCAUGGCCAAGGGCCGCUACCCCCCGUCCGAGGCGCCCCGGCAAAUCCUGGGGUUGGACAGAACUGCCAAGUCGAACGCGGGGGACUCCUCCAGGCUGAGUCAUGCGGAGAAAUUAAACCAGUUGGAGAACACAUUCAAAUCCGUCAUUGCACAGAUGGGACCAGGGAGCACUGUCAGUUCGGAACUGAAGCACAAGAUCAAGUUCGUCGUGUCCAAAUUCCCGGACGGUCUGCUCCUGUCUAAACUGCUGGGGGAGUUUGAGAUGACUUUCAAAGAGCAACUUUCACCCAAAACCUUGGGCUUCUUGAACGUGACGGAACUCGUGGGAGCCCUCAGCGACAUUCUGCGGGUGGAGUUCCGGGAAGGGGAGCAGGACCUGCUGGUGUUUGAUGCCGACGUGAAGCCACUGCCCACCGCCCCUUCCACCCAGGGCCAGGCCGAGCAGAAGCCAGAGGCCAAAGCUCCCGUGGCCAGCCCUCCCCGCGCCCCGCUGCCCGCCGCGGCCACCAAGGGCACCCCGUGGGAUUGCUCUUCCAAGCCCCCCCGGGAGCCCGAGACUAGGGUCUGCAAGAAGCCGAACCUGGUGGUGAAGCCUUUGCAGCUGCAAGAAGAAGCCAACAAACCCCAGGUGAGCCGGGUCGCACCCAUCCCGGACAUCCCCCCUGACGCAGUGCGGGACAAAAAGCUGAGUCGGCUGCCCCCGCUGGACACCAGCACGCUGGUGGGGGUCUUCGUGGAGUACAUCAUCUCCCCCAGCCAGUUCUACGUCCGCAUCUACAGCCGCGACUCCUCGGAACUGCUGGAGGACAUGAUGAUCGAGAUGAGGCGCUGCUACUCCAACCAGCUGGUUUCCGAUCGCUACUCCAUGCCGGAACGCUACAUCCAGCCGGGCCAUCUGUGUUGCGUCAGGAUUUCCGAGGACAAGUGGUGGUACCGUGUCAUCAUCCAUCGGGUGCUUGGCAAGCAGGAGGUGGAAGUGUUCUACCCCGACUUCGGGAAUAUCGGCGCCGUCCAGACGUCCUCCCUGAGGUUCCUCAAGUGCUGCUACACGAAGCUUCCAGCCCAGGCCAUCCCUUGCUCGCUGGCGUGGGUCCGGCCGGUCGAGGAACACUGGACAGCCAAGGCCAUUUUGCAGUUCCAGAAGCUGUGCGGCUUGAAGCCGUUGGUCGGGGUGGUGGACGAGUACGUGGACGGGAUCCUGAACAUCUUCCUGUGUGACACGUCCUCCAACGAGGACGUCUAUUUCCAUCACGUGCUGAGAACCGAGGGCCACGCCAUCGUCUGCCGGGAGAACGUCCCCUCCAAGGGCUUCCGCGAGCUCAACCCCUUAGCUCUGUACACUAAAGCCAGCUCCGGACCCGAGGCUGCUGCUGUGACAGAACUGGGUCACCUGUCCCUGCAGCACUACUUCGGCGAAGACGGGGAGGUCAGCGCGCAGCCCAAGGAGGGCGAGUCCUGUGCCCCGCACGAUGCCAGUGACGAGAAGGCCGGCAGCAUCCGGAAGUCGGAGCCUCCGGACGGGCUGAGGGAGAGGGAGUCGGGCUCCGGGAAGACUCCUGACCUGGCGCCCCCGGGACCCAUCCCCGAGCCCGAGGAACUGAGGGAGGAAACCGAGGAGGACAUCCCCUCUGGAAUGCCGCGCCUGGAGUCUGUGACCGUCAGCGGCGACAUCUGGGAUGACAGCUGGCUGCCCUUGCAGGCCGUGGUGGGCAGAGGAGAGGCGGCCACCCCUGGCAUCCCCGGGUCGCCCCCGGCUGGCACGUGCGCAGAAAGACCCACGUCGGCCUCCCCAGAACCCCUGGAUUUCUCGUCGCUGCCACAGCUGGAAGAAUUCUACAUCUCGCUCAUCCAGGCCCAGCAGCCGGCCGGGAGCCCCGGGGAGCCCACCGCCCCGCAGAGCCCUGCACCGGACUCCACACCCACCUCCGCUGAGACCCCUGCCGAGACCCCCACCGCGCGCCCCGGCCCGGCGGAAAGCCCCCCAGAGAACCCCCAGGACCCCGGGGACGGCGGGAGCAGCCACGCCAUCACGCUGUUCACGGAGCGGAGCCCCGGCGCCAUGGACCAGCUGUCCCUCAUCCUGUCCCCCGAUCCCCAGAUGUCACAGAAGCUUUAUAUCCCCCGCAGCACCGCCACCGCCGCCCUGGGGGCCGCGGCGCGCCUGGCCACCUCCAGAAGCUUCCUGCACUGGUACCCCAGCGUGAAGAGGAUGGAGGUGUAA